AUGGAGAUAAUUAGAUUCUUCGUCCAUAUUUCGAAUGUAUUUCUUUGUAUCAUUGUUUUUGAUAAUACUAAUUCACUCAAGGUUCCAAAUGCGAGUAUCGAAACGAAUAACAGAGAGUCUGAAGGAUUUAGAUGUACUCUCCCACCAUAUCCGCAAAAUGGAAAAUGGACCGUUUCGGAUGCAUUAGGAAAGCCAGGAGAUGAGAUAAAAAGAGGUGUACCCAUCAAGUUCGAAUGCAAUCAGGAAUAUCAACUGACCCCUGACCAACCAUAUCAAGUAUGCGAUGAGAAUCAUUGGGCGUCCUCAAUUGAUGCCAAAAUGUUUAGCCAACAGGACCACUUCACAACUUGAUGGGCUUACGGAAGCUAAAGGAGAAAACUAUGAGGGUUGUGAAACUGCCCCUCAAAAUCUACAGGUCGGGUGUUCUAUUCCAAAGGAAAGGGGAACAUGCAUGAACUACACGGUUAAAUGGUUCUUUGAUAUGGACUAUGGUGGCUGUUCAAAAUUCUAUUAUGGAGGUUGUGAUGGUAACGAGAACCGUUACAAGUCUAAAGAAGAAUGCGAAUCAGUUUGUGUUAAGCCUGAAGGAACAGAUAGGUGCAAUUUGCCUAAAGUGGCUGGUCCAUGCGAAGGCUAUUACCCUGUUUGGUACUAUGAUAAAGACUUGAAGAACUGUGCUCAGUUCGUGUAUGGGGGAUGUCUUGGUAAUAAUAAUAAAUUCGAAAGCAGAGAGGAGUGCCUCAACCAAUGUGUUACCGAUAGCAGCCCAGAUCCUUGUGAACAAAAACAAGAAGCAGGUCCAUGCAACGGACAGUACCAAAGGUAUUGGUGUGAUGAAGAGACUGGUCAAUGUCAACCUUUCGUGUAUAGGGGUUGCAAAGGGAAUAAAAACAACUUCCCUACUAUUGAGGCUUGCAGGCAACAAUGUGCUACACCUGGUGAAAAGAAAGAACUAUGUCCUCCAAUAUACUCAACGCCUAUCUUGAGCGUAGUAUGUCAGGAUGUAACUGGAAAUAAAAUCAGUUGCACCAAGGCAACUGAUGGAACAUAUCUCACAUAUCAGUGUAUUCAGUAUUAUGAGACUUUAGGUAGGCAACAAAGUCUAUAUUGCAGCCAUGGAACAUGGGACUCACAACCUAUUUGUCAACCAGUUUGUGGAAAAAAAAUCGACACCAACUUAACUCCACUGAUAUUCAAUGGUGUAGACACCACCGAACUGGAAUAUCCUUGGAUUGUAGCUAUAUUCAUUAAAAAUAAUGGACAAUUCAUCAAUAACUGUGGGGGUACGCUGAUAUCUACCCGGAUGGUUCUCACUGCUGCACAUUGCGUUACCAACAGCUAUGCACAAGCCUUCAAUGAGAGUGAAAUUCAGGUUGCUGCUGGAAAAUAUUACAAUAAGUAUGGUGAUGCUAGAGAUAAACAUGUACAAUAUCUAGAGAUUUCUGGUAUAAUAGUACACGAAGAGUUCAGGGGAACUACUCGGCAUUAUCAGUAUGACAUCGCUCUGAUCAUCACCAGAAGCUUAUUCAAGCUUGGACCAGCUGUUCAACCAGUUUGUAUAGAUAAUAUAAAUGGUAUUCACCUACAUGCAGGAAAUAGUGGGGAAAUCGCGGCUUGGGGUAUCACCGAAAAUAACACAGUUGCUGACCACCUGAGAACCCUGAUAAUUCCAUAUAAAGAUCAAACAACUUGCGCAAAUGAGCUACCAUAUGACUGGGCUGAUCGAUACAAUUUCGAUGAUAAGAUUUGUGGUGGUUUCUUGGGAAAAAACAAAAGCGUAUGUAGGGGAGACAGUGGCAGUGGUCUAGUUUUCCGAAAUCCAGAUGACAACAGAUACUACGUCCAUGGUUUAGUGAGCAUUGCACCAGCAGUCCAAUAUGCAUCAUGUAAUAGUCAGAAUAAUGCAUUAUUCACGAAAGUUUCCAAAUAUUACCAAUGGUUGGACAAGAAACGGAAGAUGAGCUAUGUUGAGGAAUGUACUCUUCCCUCAUAUCCUAAUAAUGGUAUAUGGAGACUGGAGAACGACAGUGGAAUGGGACCUGGAGACAUUUCAACUUCUGAUACUAUACUUGAGUUCUCUUGUAACAAAGGUUACAAAUUGUCUUCAAAGUAUCCUAAGUAUUACUGUUCAUCUAUGUUGCAGCUUCCUGUUUGUCAUUCAUUAUGCCCGAUUCCAAAUUUUCCUCCAGGAACGAUAGUUUCUUGCCAAGACGAUAAAAAUACAGUCAUCGAUUGUGCUGACACUGUUUCUGGUUCAAGCAUUAUUUAUAGUUGUCCUGGUGGUUAUAAAACUGAAAGCGGUACAUCAUCUGGUAAAAACUACUGCAACGGAGGAUCCUGGGAAAAUCAUAAUCUAGGAUGUUAUCCAAGGACAGAAUCAGAAUCAACUCCAACCCCGAAAGAGAUCAAUUCGAAAUCAUCUACAGCAAACGCAAUGAAAGAUCCCAUAGUAGUAGAUACAACCGGAGUGAAUGUGAUGUGCACUUAUGCUAGUUGGUGGUCAUAUCAUGGAGUGAAUCCUGAAGACUUUGAACCUAGUCUUUGCACCCAUAUCACUUAUGAUUAUGUAGGGAUAAAUGGAACAGGGGAUCUAAGAGUGCAAGAUGAAACACUUGAUCUAGGUGAAUUCAAUGAAGGUGGUCUUUAUCGAAGAAUAACAAACCUCAAAGUGAAAAACAAGAGACUGAAGGUACUUUUGAGUGUUGGAGGCAGCAAGUCCAGUAAUGCCAGUUUGUUCUCGAAUAUUGCGGCUGACGCAGCUAAAACGGCAGCAUUCAUCAACAGCGCAAGCCAUUUCAUCAGGACCUACAAGUUUGAUGGACUCGACAUCGAUUGGUACUAUCCGAAAUUAUCCGACGAAAUAAACUACAUUACGUUCCUCAGAAAGAUCAGAAAUGAGUUCGACAAACAAGGUUGGUUGCUUAGUGCCUCUGUACGCUCGGAUCCUGAGGAUACUGGGUACGAUGCGAUAAAGAUGAAUAAGAUCCUGGACUGGAUCACCAUCAACACAUUCGACAUGUAUGGAUCAUGGAGUUCAUACACCGGCAACCACAAUGCUUUGUAUCCUUCUUCUGUCGAAUAUGAGUGGGAAAAAAACCACCUGAGCGUUCAUUCGGCAGCCAAUAACUGGUUGAAUGCUGGUCUCACCAGAAAUAAGAUGGUUUUGAGUGUAGCAUUCUAUGGGAUAUCAUUUACUCUGAAGAAUAGUUCUCAGCAUACCAUUCAUUCACCAAUCUCUGGGAUAGGUCCUGGAGAUGACAAUGGGUUUCUACGGUAUUCUGAAAUUUGCAUCAAUUAUAAGGACUAUAAUGAAGUCUGGGAUGAUGAGCAAAAAGUAUCAUAUAAAUACAAAGAUGAUAAAUGGUUUGGAUACAACUCCAAAGAUGCCGUUUGGAUCAAAGUGAGUUAAAACCAAAUUACUAGAACUAACUUGUCAGAAUUUAUGAGAUUAUUAUUGGAUUCAACGUUCUCAUCGUAUCCCAGGACUUAUUUCAAAAAUCUCGAUAACAAAUAUCAUGAAUCGAAGUAUGCAACG